UUGAACAGAAAAAAUUGAAAAACAUUUUGCAGUGUACCGAUUGGGGUUUGAGAGAGGGGAGGGUUGAAAGGGGUUUGGAAGAGAUACGAUCAAGAAUCCCCUUCUCUCUCUCUUUCUCUCUCCGUUUCUUGAUUCGUGGGACUCGUUGAAUUGUCGGAAACUCACUUCUCUCUCUCAGCAGGAGAAGGAUGGGAUCUCACGGAACCGACGAAGUCAUGAUACCAAGCGAGAUGGAGCCGAAUUGCUCAGAGGCCAUUGUGGAGAUAAAGAUAAAAACUUUGGAUUCUCAAACAUACACUUUACGUGUCAACAAAUAUAUGCCAGUGCCAGCUUUGAAGGAACAGAUAGCAACCGUAACAGGUGUAUUGUCAGAACAGCAGCGUCUUAUAUGCCGUGGGAAGGUUUUGAAGGAUGACCAGCUUCUUUCAGCUUAUCAUGUAGAAGAUGGCCAUACAUUGCACCUAGUUGUUCGACAGCCUUUUCAUUCAUCAUCAACAUCUGGGGCUGGCUCAACUGGACCUGAGAGGAUGCCGAAUCAAUCAGGUGCUGAUCCUGUUGCAAGCUCCACACGUGGUCAAGGCAACACUGUAGCAGCUCACAGCGUGGUGCUUGGAACCUUUAACGUUUCUGAUCAGGGAGAUGCGGCUAUGUCUGAUGUCAACCGGUUUCUUUCUGCUGUGCUUACUUCUGUUGGACUUGUUAAUCGAGGGGCAAGAAAUGAAGAAAGUGAUUCUGGGCCGCAGGUCACUGGCCCUGAAAGGCGUGAAAGACUGGUGGGCACUACUGUUAUGAUGGACCCGGCUCCUCGUCAUCAGCCUAGCUUGGCAACUUACAGGGCUCAGCUGGAUUCCCUGCAUGGUGGUGCAUUUCGAUUUCCAACAUCUAUGUCAGCAGGUCCUUUGCUGCCUCUGGUUAUCCCAGAUUCUUUAACCACUCUUUCUCAGUAUCUGCACAAUAUGAGGCAAGAGUUUAGCAUCAAUGGCCAGGAUCAUGACAUUAAUCUGCCUGCUGGAGAAGCACACAAUCUCGAAUCACAUAAUCCAGAUACUGUCGCACGAGCAGAUUUAGUGCAAGGUGGACUGCCAACACCAGCCGCACUGGCUGAAGUUGCAACGUCGACGCGGCAGUUUCUCAUUGAACAAGUUGGAGAUUGUUUGUCUCAACUUGCAAGACAGUUACAAGAGGAAGCUAAUGUAACGGAUCCCAUGGUGCGCACAAGCAUUCAAUCCAGUGCAAUGAGGACAGGAGUUCUAUUGCAAAAUGCAGGGGCUCUGCUGCUUGAGCUUGGACGUGCAACAAUGACACUGCGCAUGGGGCAGACAACUUCUGAAGCUGUUGUUAAUGCUGGACCACCAGUUUUCAUAUCCACAACUGGUCCAAAUCCUAUCAUGGUCCAGAGUCUCCCUUUUAUUCCUGGAACUGGUUUUGGAACAAUUCCCAUGGGCAUCAUGCAUCCAGGUCACGCUUUGGCAAAUGGGGCACUUGGUACUGGUUUUGUUCCUCGAACUAUCGACAUAAGAAUACGAACAGGAUCAUCAGGCAGUGCUGACCAAGGUGAACAUGCUGCUGGAACUCAAGUUGGGGCAAGCGAUCAAGCAAGACCUACUGGUGGUGGAAUUUCCAUGCAAAACGUGUCACCCUCUUCAGGGUUUCCAUCUGUGGCCACAGAAUCUGGUGGAGUCCGGGUGGUUCCUGUUAGGACAGUAGUUGCAGCUGUGCCUGCUGCUGUCAGUCGUCCAGCAUCUGAUGCAUCUAGUGGUGGAGCACUUGGAGUGUUCUAUCCUCUCCUGGCAAGGAUUCAGAACCUAGAUCCAGGACAUUUUAAUGAUGCCAGCAGGUCUACACGUGCUGGUGAUCAUCACAGAAAUACUGAAACUGAUGAACAUCAGGUUUCUGAAUCUUCCAUACGAUCCCAAAAUGUCUAUUCUGCAAGGGAGAACAGUUCCAUCAAUUUCUGUUCUAAUGACACAGCACCUCAACAUCAGGGUGCGUCCGCUUCCAAUCCUUCAGAACCUUCUCAAGCAGUUCCUACCACAACUGCGUCUGAUGUUCAAGCUGGAGCAAGUGCUCCCUCAGAUGGUAAUCAACAAGGCUAUAUGUCUGAGGCCUUUAGCAGAUUUGAUCAGUUCCUUCGCACUGUAUUCUCUGGCAAUCACAUGCAUAGCGGCACCGGAAUUCCGGGCUUGAGCACUGGACUGCGGGAAACAUUCCCACAAAAUGAGCAAUCAGGUGAAGCCUCAGGAAUUCCACAAACAGAUAGAGCAUCAGGGACAGCCCUUGAUCAAGGAAUGUUUUUGUCUCAAGUGUUGCAUCAGGCCAUGCCAUUCAUACAUCAACAUCUGGCACAGGAGGCCAGCCCUCCUCUAGUCUCGGGUGCUUGUCAUGAGACAUCGACGAGUGCCAACACCACUAUUGAUACGCCAGCCAGUUCCUCGUCUGAAAAUAUCCAACGUCAACCUCCUGGAACAGAUUCAUCUCAACAGGUCGAAAGGAAGAGAACAUGUGAUGGUGCAGGCAAUGACUUGCAGCAUAUUGAUGGUCCUGAUUCUAGUCCCCCUGAUUGCAAGCGUCAGAGGAAACAGGAGUGAUUGAGUGAUGGACUACUCGGUUAGACAUUUAUGCUCGUGCAUGAACAUCAGCAAAAAGAUCAUUUAGUCGACGGCAUGAUUGAAGAUUUUCAAUCUCCUACAAGCAUUCGGUCAGUUGACUGCCUGAAUGAUGGGUCCAAUUAUUAUUCUGCUUGCUGAUUCUUGUUCAAGUGACUGAAAAGUGCUUGAUCAGCAAAUCUUUCGGUCGGAUCCCAGGCGGAAUAAGAUGUGUAUAUCCAGAAAAGGUGGACUGUUUCUGUAUGUGGCGGAUCAAGCACUGCUAUUGAAGAGUUCUUUUUUCCUUGGCAUGUUUCGUGCUCUAUUAUGGUGUAAAUUUGGAUGCGUCCUUUUCACCAGAUUGUUUCACUUGAUUACCUGUCAAGAGACUUUGCCUUAUGGUACUAUAUACUUUACCGGUUA